CGGGAGUUCAAGCCAUCUCUCUCUCCGGUUCCGCGGGGCCGGUAAUGCGCGCGCACUCACUCACGGUAAGAUGACCGGGAAGAACAAAAACAAGAGCAACUCGGCCUCCAGCGGGGGACCCGCGCCCGAGGAGUCCGGCAAGAACAGCCCGAGAGCCGGUAAAGCUGCGGCGAAGAGCUCCGGGGGCGGCGGAGGAGCGCGCGCGCUGAUGGUGCUCGUGCCCGUGGCGGCCGUGGUCGCGCUCGCAGCUGUAUUUGUGCACCUGGAGCUGGAGGACAUCCGACGCACGAGCAGCGGGCACGAGCAGGCCCUGGGGAGGUGUUCGGGGGCAGCGCAGGAGCUGGAGGAGGCCCUGGAGCAGCUGCGCUCCCUGAAGGCGUCUCUGGAGGGUCUGGAGGACGCAGUGGCCCUGACCCGCUCUGAUCUGGACCGCACCAGCCGCUCCGUCCAGCAGGGGGAGCUCAGCACCCGGCGCCUGGAGGACACGCUGCAGGGCCUGCAGAAGAAGACCGUCCCGGAGCUCUCGCUGCGCCUGCAGGAGCAGACGGAUGCCCGCGGGAGGGAGAUCGCCCUGCUGGAGGAGCGGCUGUCCCAGCGGAGCCACCCUGUGGAGGAGCGCCUGGAGCAGCUGACCCGAGAACAGCAGAGCUUUAAGGAGGAUCUGCAGGAGCUGAGGGCCCGUCUGGAGAAGCAGGACGUCCCGGCGGCCCUCACACAGCAGCUGAACACCAUCAGCAGCGCUAUCACCGUCCUCAACACCGCUAAUGAGGUGUCCGAGGGGAACGCAGCCGUCCUCCGGGAGCAGAUCUCCGCAGUCAGCGCCGAACUGCAGACCAGGAACCGGGAGGUGCAAUCAGUGUCGGAGGAGAUCAAGGCCAUGCGGACGCUCAUACAGAGCACCGUGGGCAGUCUGAGAAAGGAGGCGUCUGAGGCCCGCUCCAGCGCUCAGACCUCCGCAGACCAGGCCCAGAGCUUCAUCCUCAAGCAGGACCAGCUCUCAGACGCCCUCCACAGCCUGGACACCCGGCUCACUGACGGCCUGCUCAAGCUGGAGCUCCGGCUGAAGACCGCAGAGGACAGCCAGCAGCUCACCGACAUCAGCAGCACGCUGGACGCGCUGGUGUCCCAGCACCGAGCCCUGGAGGAGCGGAGGACGGAGGACGCAGAGAAGCGGAGCGCGGACCUGCAGGAGCUGAGGAGCAGGAUCGAGGAGCUGCAGAGACUACAGGCCGCGGUGGAGGAGAUCCGGACUCGACUGCAGGAGCUGGAGAACAGCACAGAGAGUCCGUCUGAGGAGAAGAGCAAACCCACACAGAGUCCAUCUGGACCAGUCUGAGAGGAGCCGGAGCGGUCCAUCAUGGGGAUCAGGGUGUAGGGCAGGGAUGGGCAAACUUGAUCCCUGCAGAGUUCAUCUCCAACCCUAAUCAAACACCCCUGAGUGUGGCUGUCUAAUGCAGACCGGAUCAGCUGUGUGUGACUAGUGUUGGAGCAGAGCUCUGCAGGGUCGCCCACGCCUGCUGCAGGGGAGGAUGAGUCUGCAUCCGCUCUGAGAUCUCCUGAAUGCAUCGAGAUGUUCUCUGGAAUCACUCCUGAGCUUGGUCUAAUAGCGGAGUCAGCAUUAUUAGCUCUCCCUCAGGUGGAUCCAGAACACAGUGAAGGAUAUGUUGAAGAAAGCUUUGAUGAUUAAUGAAAAUCAGCAUUCUGAAGACCUCAGAGACUCUCGGUCCUCCUCGGGCUUUAUAUCCGGGUGGUGGAAAUGUGAACACGUCUUUAAUAAUGAUGAUGAUGACGAUGAUGGGUGAUCUGCUGUUUCCUCAGUCUACUCAGACCUGCACUGUCCUCUUUACCUCCUCAUCUGUCUGUACUGAAGUCUGUUGAUUGAAUGUCUGUGGUUUACGGCUGUUUUCUAAUAAAGCGUUUGACACACUG